GUAAUAGUUUGUCGACGUCACCAGCCUGUGUCUGUGCUUCUUUCUAGCUAGCUUGGUGGCUAAUCUGAGAGAAAUGGCUUCAGUGCUGAGACAGGCGGCGCGGCUCGCGUCUUCUAGGUGUCUUACCCAGCUCUCUGCAGCUAGCAGUACUAGCAGACUUGGUGCUUCAUCUUACAACUUCAGCCCCAGCAGCAGAAAUGCAUCAACAUCGUCCACAAUCAAAGUGCAGCUGGACAGUAACACAGGCGUUGCUAUAAUGAUGUUUCAGAAUCCUCCAGUCAACAGCAUGAGCCUGGACUUUAUGACAGAGUUUGUCAUCGCUUGGGAUAAGCUUGAACUUGACAAGAGCUGCAGAGGAAUUAUUCUAACAUCUGCUUUGCCAAAUGUUUUCUCUGCUGGCUUGGACAUCAUGGACAUGUAUGGGACGACCCCGGAGCACCGCACAGCGUUUUGGAAGGCUUUGCAGGAACUUUGGCUGAAAGUGUACGGCUCUGGCAAGAUUGUGGUUGCGGCCAUUAAUGGUGCCAGUCCUGCAGGAGGCUGCCUUAUGGCCUUGUCUUGUGACUACAGGAUCAUGAUUGACAAUCCUAAAUACAAGAUUGGCAUUAAUGAAACUAAGCUUGGCAUUGUUGCACCGUUCUGGUUUAAGGAUUGCUUGGAGAACACCGUGGGCUACAGAAUGUCAGAAAUGUCUGUUCAGUAUGGCAUAUUGUACAAUUCUGCUGAAGCACUGAAGAUUGGCUUGGUGGACCAGUUGGUUCCAGAGGAUAAACUUAUCAGCACAGCCACCGAAACUAUGAUCAAGUGGUUCGCCAUUCCAGAUUAUGCCCGACAGAUAAGCAAGGCCAUGGUCAGGAAGGCUACAAUGGACAAAAUGUUGGCAGGCAGGGAGGCUGACAUUACUAAUUUCGUCACCUUUACCAACAAGGAUUCCAUCCAGAAGUCUCUUGGGAUGUACAUGGAGAUGCUGAAAGGCAGAAAGGCCAAAUAGGACUGAAUUACAAUUGGGUGCCUUCACAGGUUCAUUUAUUUUAUCUUUCAUAUAAAAAAAAACCUUCCAUCCAUCAAUUUGUUCAUCUUGCUUUCUGUUUCUUUAUGAUUUGGGGUCAUGGUGAGUCUAAAUUCUCCUGGAAUGGGCAACAGUUUCAACACCUAUUCGCUCAGACACACCCUCACACCUAAGAGUGUGUUUUUGAAGGGUGCAAACACACCACAGCACUCUGGAGGAAAUCCACAGAGAGACCACACACACACACACACCAGAGGUCCCUGGAGCUCUAUGGUAUAUACUACCUGCUGCGCCUCUACCAUAAUGCCCAGUUCAGCUAGUUGUGUUCUGUCUACAUGGACCUAUUAAAACAUAAUGUUAUAUUUUGUGGUUCAUGGUCUAUUUUUGCAUUAACUUUCUGGCAUCUUUGCAGCUGCUUAUUAAUAAUAGUUGGAUGUCAGGAUGCUUUUUCAUAAUCAGUUGCCUUCUAUCUGAAUGAUCUACUUUCACCACAGUGUCAUUGUAUUGCAUUACAUUGGAUUGUACAGUGUUAAUAAUGCCAGAGUUAUUGGCCGUCAAAAAAUAACUGGGCCAAAUGUUCAUUAAACAAAUCACACCUUU